GAAGACCGCAGGGCUUUUAUCUCUCAAUUAUUUUGGUCGAUGGUCCGUCGCUUUCUCUCUCGCUUUUAUCUGAUUAUACGAGAGAGGCCUCAUUUUGACGCAUUCGCUCUUCACUGUCGGCGGACCUCCUCAUAAAAGAGCUCACAUUUGAUAGACGAGUGGCAGCCAGCAAGAAAGAUUGGCCCUUUAGGGUUUCAUUCCCCUCCCCUCCCCUCCCCCAAAUCGAUCCGGGCGUUCCGCCAUUCGCGUCAAAGUCGGAUCUUUGGAAGUGGGCAUCGAUCAGCUUCUUCAGAUCUGGUGUAAAUGGAGGCCAGUGCUGGCCUCGUUGCCGGCUCCCAUAACAGGAACGAGCUCGUGGUCAUUCGCCGUGAUGGGGAGUCUGGGCCGAAGCCUCUGCAGCAAGUGAGUGGGCAAAUCUGCCAGAUUUGUGGGGAUGACGUCGGGUUGACUCCUGAUGGGGAGCUCUUUGUUGCUUGCAAUGAGUGUGCUUUCCCUGUCUGUAGAGAUUGUUACGAUUACGAGCGGAGGGAGGGUAGUCAAGUUUGCCCUCAGUGCAAAACUAGGUUUAAGAGGCUCAAAGGACGCCCGCGAGUCGCCGGAGAUGAGGAAGAGGAUGGGUUUGAUGAUAUUGAUAAUGAGUUCAGUUUUGCGGGGAGGGAUAGGGAGGACAUGCAGUAUGGAGCUGAGGCUAUGUUGCAGGGUCACAUGAGAUUUGGGCGAGGGUCGGAUACGGAGAUGCCUCACGGGGUUAAUUCCGUGUCCAAUGUGCCUUUGCUUACCAAUGGUGAAAUGGUCGAUGACAUCCCUUCUGAUCAGCACGCCUUGGUUCCUGCUUAUACGGGUGGUGGAGGAAAAAGGAUCCAUCCGCUGCCCUUUCUUGAUCCCAGUAUUCCAGUGCGACCAAGAUCCAUGGAUCCUUCCAAGGAUCUUGCUGCCUAUGGCUAUGGAAGUAUUGCAUGGAAGGAGAGGAUGGAGUUGUGGAAGCAAAAGCAAGAAAACUUGCAGGCAGCAAGAAAUGAAAACGGUGGAAAAGGGGAUGAUGGUGAUGAUCCAGAUCUGCCACUAAUGGAUGAAGCUAGGCAACCAUUGUCGAGAAAAAUACCCAUUUCUUCCAGCCUGAUAAAUCCAUACAGGAUAAUCAUUGUUAUUCGGCUGGUAGUUCUUGGAUUCUUUUUCCAUUACCGAGUCACACAUCCAGUGAAUGAUGCAUUUGGACUGUGGCUUGUGUCUGUGAUUUGUGAAAUUUGGUUUGCCCUUUCAUGGAUACUCGAUCAAUUUCCAAAGUGGCUCCCAAUUGAAAGGGAAACUUAUCUAGAUAGACUAUCAUUAAGGUAUGAGAAGGAAGGCAAGCCGUCUCGACUGUCACCAGUAGACAUUUUUGUGAGUACUGUUGAUCCAUUGAAAGAACCCCCUCUGGUUACAGCAAACACAGUGUUGUCCAUUCUUGCUGUUGAUUACCCAGUUGAGAAAGUCUCCUGCUAUGUUUCUGAUGAUGGUGCUGCAAUGCUGACAUUUGAAGCAUUAUCAGAAACGUCUGAAUUUGCAAAGAAAUGGGUACCAUUCUGCAAGAAAUUCAGUAUUGAACCGCGUGCACCUGAAUGGUAUUUCCAGCAGAAGAUAGACUAUUUGAAGGACAAGGUUUUACCUUCUUUUGUAAAGGAACGAAGAGCAAUGAAGAGAGAAUAUGAAGAGUUCAAGGUACGUAUAAAUGCUUUGGUUUCGAAAGCUCAAAAGGUCCCUGAAGAAGGGUGGACAAUGCAAGAUGGAACUCCUUGGCCUGGAAACAAUGUUCGUGAUCAUCCUGGAAUGAUCCAGGUUUUUCUUGGUGAAAGUGGUGGGCAUGACAUGGAUGGGAAUGAACUCCCUCGACUGGUUUAUGUUUCUAGAGAAAAAAGACCAGGGUUUAAUCACCAUAAGAAGGCUGGUGCUAUGAAUGCUCUGGUUAGAGUCUCAGCUGUACUCACAAAUGCACCCUACCUGCUGAAUCUUGAUUGUGAUCAUUACAUCAACAAUAGUAAGGCACUUAGGGAGUCUAUGUGCUUCAUGAUGGAUCCACUGGUCGGGAAGAAAGUCUGCUAUGUGCAGUUUCCUCAGAGGUUCGAAGGUAUCGAUCGACAUGAUCGAUAUGCUAAUCGAAACGUUGUGUUCUUUGAUAUUAAUAUGAAAGGUCUGGAUGGAAUUCAAGGACCAAUAUAUGUGGGUACUGGAUGUGUUUUCCGAAGGCAAGCUCUCUAUGGCUAUGAUGCACCAAAGACGAAAAAGCCCCCUACAAGGACUUGCAAUUGUUGGCCAAAGUGGUGCUGUUGCUGCUGCUGUUCUAGAAGCAAGAAAAAGAAGUCUACAAAGAAUAAGCAGGGAAAGAAAAAGUUUUUUAGUAAGAGAGGAGAUAACACACCUCCUGUUUUUGCUUUGGAGGGCAUUGAAGAGGGCUUUGAAGGUAUCGAAAGCCAAAAGGCCUUUAUGCCUGAGCAAAAAUUGGAAAAGAAAUUUGGACAGUCGCCAGUUUUUGUUGCAUCCACCCUGCUUGAAGACGGUGGAACAUUGAAGAGUGCUACUCCAGCAUCUUUACUGAAAGAAGCUAUUCAUGUCAUUAGCUGUGGAUAUGAGGACAAGACAGACUGGGGUAAAGAGGUUGGUUGGAUCUAUGGUUCAGUUACAGAAGAUAUUUUGACAGGUUUUAAAAUGCACUGCCAUGGAUGGCGAUCAAUCUAUUGUAUUCCUCCAAGGCCGGCUUUCAAAGGUUCUGCUCCCCUUAAUCUCUCGGAUCGUCUCCAUCAAGUUCUUCGAUGGGCUCUGGGUUCAGUUGAAAUUUUAUUGUCUCGUCAUUGUCCACUAUGGUAUGGUUAUGGUGGUGGCUUGAAACGGCUAGAGAGGUUUUCGUACAUAAAUUCCGUUGUUUAUCCUCUCACAUCUCUUCCUCUUCUGGCAUACUGCACGCUGCCUGCUGUUUGCUUGCUCACCGGAAAGUUCAUAACUCCAGAGCUUAGCAACGUUGCGAGCUUGUGGUUUAUGUCACUCUUCAUUUGUAUUUUUGCAACGGGUAUCCUUGAAAUGAGAUGGAGUGGAGUCGGUAUUGAUGAUUGGUGGAGAAAUGAGCAGUUUUGGGUGAUUGGGGGUGUUUCAGCACAUCUAUUCGCACUAUUUCAAGGUCUUCUGAAGGUCCUUGCAGGUGUUGAUACCAAUUUCACAGUGACAUCAAAAGCCAGUGACGAUGAAGAUUUUUCAGAGUUGUAUACCUUCAAAUGGACCACAUUGCUUAUUCCCCCAACAACUCUUUUAAUAGUCAACAUAAUCGGCGUAGUUGCUGGAGUUUCGAAUGCCAUUAACAACGGUUAUGAAUCAUGGGGACCUUUGUUUGGUAAACUCUUCUUUGCGUUCUGGGUGAUUGUCCAUCUCUAUCCCUUUCUCAAAGGUUUGGUUGGUCGACAAAACAGAACACCUACGAUCAUCAUUGUCUGGUCUAUUCUUCUUGCUUCUAUCUUCUCCCUUUUGUGGGUUCGAAUUGAUCCAUUCUUGGCAAAAUCGGAUGGACCAUUGUUGGAAGAAUGUGGAUUGGACUGUAACUAGCGAAGGAUGGAUCAUCAGAAUUUUGACACUACAUACGAUUCUUGAUUCUAUGUGUAGAUAACAGGAAGAGUUGUGCUUGUAAUCGUUCAGUUUUUGUUUAGUCAAGCUCUGUAAGUGGAAAAUAGGCAGUCAGAAGGCUGGACUACAAUUCUUUAGUAGGUUGGAUGGAAUGGGAGACUGAAAGUUCCACAUUGGGCGUGCACAUUUAUUCUUCACAAUAAAGGAAGUAGGCUUGGCUUGCAACUGGAACGAGAUGUAGAUUUGAGUGUUCUUGGUGAUGCUGUCAGCUGCUCAAUUUUAUUGAGAACAAAGUGGGUGCAUAAAAUACAACUGUAUAAUACUAAACCCAGAUCCACACACAGUAUAAAUUUGUGAAUUUUUUUGUCUUGGGUGGCUCAGGGUUUCUGUGAUAACGUCUUUUUCGGUGUCUGUAUGUUGAGAAAAUACUGUUUGUAUCAUGAUGUAACCUUGUGUUAUUUUUGUCUGAAACUGUGAACAAACUCCCCAUUCAUCUAUUCAAUAGGAAAACAUUAUAAUUCUA